UGACAUUUCCGUUGCUAAGCGACGACCGAACAUUCAGGAAACUAACCUCUGAUAAUAUUUUUUCUAAAUUGUUACGAGUAUUAUAAUUUAUAAUUUAUAAAUAAAACAUUUAAAAAAAGUGUAAAGAAAGUAUAAUUAAUAUUGUCAACUAAUACACCUUCGAUCAAGAACUAAAUUUAACCUUAAAAUCCAAUUUAAUUAUGAGUGAGAGAAAGUUGUUUACAUGUUUGGAAGAAAUUUACAUCUAUCAUUCAGCAGGAUUUUUCGAAAAAUAAAUAUCAAUGAAUUUCGAUUUAUUCACAAGAUAGUUCAUAAUCCAAAUCGUGGUAUUUUUUAUGUAAAACUCGGAAACAAUGAAGAGAGAGCUGUUUUAACAUACAAAAAGAAUGGAAAAAUCUUGGAUUUACGAACAAUUUCGGUUCCCAAGGAACAUCAAGAAGAAGGUCUGGCACGACGCUUAACGGAGGAAGCUUUCACGUAUGCGAUUGUCAACGAUUAUCACAUGUACUUGACAUGUGUUUACAUUCAAAAAUAUUAUCUUGUGAUAAAAAAUGCUGAACUGGAAGAACGAGUCAUUGGACCACCAAAUGUUUUAGAAUUUCCCUAUGCAGAAACUACGGAUCCUGGUGCAAUUUACGAAAUUCCAGAUCCUGAAGAUUUUAUGAUCAAAUCUCCCAAGUCUUGA